CCAAGAGAGAAUCAUAGAAUAUAAGAUUGGAGAUCGAAAAUGCUGCAGGAAAUCGCGUCGCCGUGUAUCUUUAUAAAUAUACUCUUUAAUGCCUUAAAUCGCUUGGACCUCUCGAAUAUUGAAGUCCAAUUGGACUCAAUUUCUACUCCUGUGUGCUGUUCAAUCUCUUUUGGUUUUUGGAUUCUCCUUAUAUUUCCUAGUUUAAUGCGCGAGGAUACUACGGAUUUCGGUCAAUCCAGCACGUGACGGUCUAUCCGCUUUUUACGGGUUCAGUUUCGUAAUUUUUGUAAUUCCUAAGAGUAUUUACGGAAUUUCACUGCUUCAGUAUCUCUAUAUAAAGACGUUAGAUCUAGGGUUUGUUGCGUAUGACUAACGCGCAUCCUCUUCUUCUUUGAUCUGUCAAAGUUUAGAAUUGAGACAAAACAAAAUUUUGCAAGUUCAAAGGUGUUGAAACUUGUGCUUUCUAAUCCUUUCUUUUGAAGGUUUUUUCUUAUCUAGUUUAUUUGGAUCUAUGUGCCUUGAUUAGUGGAGGCCUCCAAUUUAAAGGCCUAGCCAAAGAUUUGGUGCCCCCAUCCAUGGAGGUCUCCUGUCAUAAGAGUGACAUGAUUUCAGUAGAGCAAUUUGAAUAUGCUAUAUUAUCAUAUUGGUUUUACUAGAAUUGUGUCAGAUUAACGCUUGGCAGUAUUUCAUCGAUAAAUGGUCCAAAAACAUUUUUCAAUUACCAAUAAAACCAAGUGUUAAUCUGGCACAAUUAUGGUAAAAUCAAUUAGAGGUGGGAAGAGUUACAAAAAUUAAUUUGAUUUAUAUUUUGGUAGACCUAACAAUGAAUAGAGCCAAUUGAAAGGACUAAUUCCAAAAUUAUUGAGAAUAUAUUCUUUUAAAUCUCGUAGUAAUGAAUCAAAUGAAUUAACAAAUAUCACAUAUAAUUUUGUUAGAACAUUACUUUUCAAGUUAGGGGUAGCAAUCCUCAUAUUUAGUUUGAUUUCUUAUUCCUUUUUGGCUCUCUAGGGUGUUCCUUUGGUUGAAGGUAAUUUAGUUUUGUGAUUUUCAAAUGUAGGCAGCAUAGAUGUACGUGCUUGACUAAUAAAUACUUGUACAUGUUUGUGGAAUGCUAUGUCUUGUUCCUUUAGAAAUCUUUACCUUGUGAUAAUGUCUGUAUAACAUAUCGUUGUGUUUUUGGUGGGCAUAGGUAUAGUGUUAUUAUUAAACCAUUAUGGUUAAGAAAAGAAGUCUACCUUUCAAAGUUGGAGAUGAAGCGGAGGCAAGAAGUUUUGAGACGGGUUAUCGUGGUGCAUGGUUUCGAUGCAAGAUACGAGAGAUCAGCCAGAGAAAGGGAGAUAUCGAAUAUCUCUUAGAAUAUUUUGACUUUCCAGAAGAAAAGUUAGGGCUGAUGAAUCCAUAUCAGGUCCCUGUUCCUUACAGAGGGAUAGAGAAAAAGAAACAAAGAAUGUUGAUGAUUCGGCCAUCCUACCCACCUAUGUAUCAUGAAAACGAGGUGCCUUGUCUCAGUGAUAUUUUAGAAGUGGCGGUAAUUGUUAAUGAUGCUUGGAAGGUGGGGGAUUUGGUUGAAUGGUGGACUAAUGAUUGCUACUGGUCUGGAAGAAUAAAACAGUUAGUAGGUGAUGACAAGGCCAUGAUUGAGUUUCCAAAACCACCUUUGGGCGAAGGCACACCUGAUGAAAAAGCUUCUCUCAAAGAUCUGCGCCCUUCUUUGGACUGGUCUCCAGAAUAUGGUUGGAUUCUGCCUACUCCGGGAGGUGAAAAAACUGCUCGCCCUUGGGCUCGGCUUAUUAAAUCUGGAGAUCAAGGUCAGGAAUUAGAGGCCGGUGACAAGAAAGACGAGAAAACUGAAUCGUCACCUAAUGAAUCCAUCUCUUCUCAUACUUCAGUCAUAACUUUAGCAGUUUCAGAUGAACUGAAGGGAAAUGAAAUGGGGGGGUUACAUGAACUAUCUUUGGGAAACAGAGUUUCGAAAGAGCUGGACACUCAAGAAACAAGUAUUGCCUUAGAUGGUGGGGACAGUAGUACAAGGAAAACAUGUUUGUCGGAUACCGAUUCUGGUUUACAUAUGAGAGAGACUCUAGCUGAACCUACGACUGAAGUUGCCAAGGGGGACCCAUAUUGUUCCAGUUGUCCCCUGAAGAAGUACCCAGCUGGCGGAGGGAUGAAUUCAAAUUCCAUGGGCUCCAAGACAUUGGAGUCGACUAUAUUGGACUUGGAGGAACUUGUGAACAAAGUUAAAUGGCUCAAGUCAAUUUUAAAUAAUGGGAUUCCUUCGUCAGAUGCAGCAAGGCCUCAAUGGAAAGUUGUGGAACACAUUGCUUCCUCAUCCGUGCCAAAAUAAGUACAUUUCAAAUGUUGCGAGAAAUUUUUAGGUAUGCAUGUUUUAAGUAGCUGUUCUUUGAGAUAUCUCAAGUAUCACUGCUGGAUGGAGUACUGAUAUGGUAAGUAACUUUUAU